AUGGCGCCGCCGCCACCAACUCUCGUCGACAACCCGCAGAUUAAAUCUGCUGAGUUGCUGACGCCGCGGCCGUUGUUUCUCCAUGCCUACGUGUGGCCAUUCACCAUCGCCUGGCCCGUGUUCCUAGCCUUCUACCUGAGCCCUGAGCUAUAUGACCAGCACAUCGGUGGUCAAGAAUGGACAUUCGUCUGGGUCGGCACAAUCAUCACCUUCCAGAGUCUCUUCUGGCUGAGUACCCACUGGAGUGUCAGCGCCAAAGCCAUAAUCACCGCGAGGAAGGUCUCGUCUAUCGAGGAGGCGCAACAGAUCAAGGUCAUUCCUGUCGCAAAUGCUGGCGUGGCCGAUAUUAGCGACCUCAUCCGAGAGAAGAUUGAUGGCAAGAAUACCCUGUCCUUUCUCUUCCAGAAACGUCGUUUCCUGUAUGACCCCGAUAAGAAGACAUUCGCGACCUUGAGCUACGCUGUCGACAACGAGCCAAAGCCUACCCUCGACGCCUUUCAAAAAUCCAAGGGCUUUACGAACGCUGCGGAGAUCAAGAAACUGGAGCAGUACUAUGGUACCAAUACCUUCGAUAUCCCGGUCCCUACAUUUACCGAGCUCUUCAAGGAACAUGCAGUCGCGCCGUUCUUUGUCUUCCAGGUGUUCUGCGUCGGCCUGUGGAUGCUGGAUGAUUAUUGGUAUUAUUCGCUGUUCACCCUCUUUAUGCUGGUUGUCUUCGAAAGCACCGUUGUCUGGCAGCGUCAGAGGACCUUGAACGAAUUCCGUGGCAUGAGCAUCAAACCGUACGACAUUUGGGUUUACCGACUGGGCAAGUGGACUGAGGUCCAGAGCGACAAGCUCCUACCGGGAGACCUUGUGUCUGCUGGCCGAACCAAGGAAGACAGCGGCGUUGCCUGCGACAUGCUACUGGUAGAAGGAACAGCCAUCGUCAACGAGGCCAUGUUGUCAGGAGAAAGCACACCUUUAUUGAAGGAAUCCAUUCAGCUGCGCCCAGCCGACGCGAGGUUGGAGCCCGAAGGUCUCGACAAGAAUGCCUUCCUCUGGGGAGGCACCAAGAUUCUCCAAAUCACCCAUGGCAACCCUGACGACCCGAAGCCUCCCGUUGCCUCCGGGGUUCCUCCUCCCCCAGACAAGGGUGCGAUGGCUAUUGUUAUCAAGACUGGAUUCGAAACGUCGCAGGGCAGCUUGGUCCGCACUAUGAUCUAUUCCACAGAGCGCGUGUCCGCCAACAACGUCGAGGCUCUACUCUUCAUCCUGUUCCUGCUCAUCUUCGCCAUUGCCGCGUCUUGGUAUGUGUGGACCGAGGGUGUCCAGAAAGAUCGCAAGCGAUCCAAGCUCUUGCUCGACUGUGUUCUCAUCAUAACGAGCGUGGUACCUCCCGAACUGCCUAUGGAGCUUAGUUUGGCUGUCAAUACGAGCUUGGCGGCUCUCGCCAAAUACGCCAUUUUCUGCACGGAGCCAUUCCGUAUUCCCUAUGCUGGUCGCAUCGAUGUGGCCUGUUUCGACAAGACAGGAACCCUGACCGGAGAGGAUCUUGUCGUGGAGGGCAUUGCAGGGCUUGGCCUUGGGGCUUCUGGUACCAACACGCCACAAGAAUCCGAUGGCGCACACAGCAACAUGACUCCCGUCAAGGAUUCUGGUUUGGCUUCCACACUCGUGCUUGCUACCGCUCACGCACUAGUCAAGCUGGAUGAGGGGGACAUUGUUGGCGAUCCCAUGGAGAAGGCCACCUUAUCUGCGCUUGGCUGGACUCUUGGCAAGAACGACACAUUGACGCACAAGCCUGCGACAGCAGCUGCUGGAGGUACUGUGGGGACGGUCCAAAUCAAGCGCCGCUUCCAAUUCUCGUCCGCUCUCAAGCGUCAGAGCUCAGUUGCUACCGUCACAGGCAGGGACCCAAAGACCGGUGCCCAAAUGCGAGGCACCUUUGUCGGUGUAAAAGGCGCGCCAGAAACUAUCAUGAAGAUGCUCGUGUCCGUUCCCGCGGACUACGAAGAGACUUUCAAGUACUUCACUCGCAGGGGAUCUCGUGUCUUGGCAUUGGCGUACAAGCAACUAUCGACAGACGAUGAACUAGGCGCUAAGAGGAUCAACGAGCUCAAGCGUGAGAGCGUUGAGGCUGGGUUGACCUUCGCUGGAUUCCUGGUUCUCCAUACUCCAUUGAAGGACGACGCCAAGCAAGCUGUUCAGAUGCUCAACGAGAGUAGCCACAGAGUCGUCAUGAUCACUGGUGACAACCCUCUCACUGCUGCUCAUGUGGCUCGUGAGGUCGAGAUUGUUGACCGCGACGUGCUCAUCCUUGAUGCUCCCGAACAGAACGACAAUGGAGACAAGCUUGUUUGGCAUAGCGUCGAUGGACGCAUCAAUAUCGAGGUGGAUGCGUCAAAGCCUAUCGACUCUGAGAUCUUGAACAAGUAUGACCUCUGUGUUACUGGCUACGCCCUGGCGAAGUUCAAGGACCAAAAGGAACUUCUCCUGGGCUACAAGGACAUGGGCUAUUUCACGCUGAUGGCCGGCGACGGAACCAACGACGUCGGUGCUCUGAAGCAGGCUCACAUCGGAAUCGCCCUCUUGAACGGAACCCAGGAAGACCUUACCCGUAUCGCCGAACAUUCUCGGAACACUAAGAUGAAGGAGAUGUAUCAGAAGCAGAUCGACUUGAUGAAGCGCUUCAACCAACCCGCUCCUCCAGUACCUCCUCUGAUCGCUCACCUGUACCCUCCUGGACCGUCCAAUCCCCACUACCAAAAGGCCAUCGAGCGCGAAGCACAAAAGAAGGGGGUUUCGCCGGCUGAAUUCGCUCGGUCUCAGGGGCACCAGCAGCCCAUCGAAACAGUGACGUCUCCGGGUGCUCAACAGCUGAUCGACUCUGAUCCCCGUGCGGCCAAACAAGCGCAAGCAGCCAAGAAGGCAGCCAGCUUCGCCGAACAAAUCCAGCAAACGAUGAUGGAUAAUGAUAUUGAUGACGGUGAGCCUCCUGCUCUCAAGCUUGGAGACGCCUCUGUCGCUGCGCCAUUCACCUCGAAAUUGCGAAAUGUUGUUGCCAUCCCGAACAUUAUCCGCCAGGGUCGAUGCACGCUCGUCGCCACCAUCCAAAUGUACAAGAUUCUCGCCCUCAACUGUCUUAUCAGUGCUUACAGCUUGAGUGUCCUGUACUUGGAAGGUAUCAAGUUUGGUGAUGGUCAGUAUACCAUCAGCGGUAUGCUUAUGAGCGUCUGCUUCUUGUCCAUCUCGCGGGCCAAGUCCGUCGAAGGCCUUUCCAAGGAACGUCCGCAACCAAACAUUUUCAACUUUUAUAUCAUCGGUUCUAUCCUCGGCCAGUUUGCGGUGCACAUUGUCACUCUGAUCUACAUUGCCAAAUUUUGCGACAAGCUUGAGCCCCGUGACGAAAUCGUUGAUCUCGAGGCGGAGUUCACUCCCUCGCUCCUCAACAGUGCGGUGUACCUCCUGCAGCUCAUUCAGCAAAUCAGUACUUUUGCUGUCAACUACCAGGGUCGGCCCUUCCGUGAAGCUCUGUCUGAGAACAAGGGCAUGUUCUACGGUAUUGUGGGCGUAACGGCCAUUGCCUUCUCUUGCUCGACUGAGUUCAUUCCCGAGCUCAACGAGCAGAUGAAGCUGGUGCCCUUCUCAGACGAAUUCAAGAUGACCAUGACGGCCGUCAUGAUCGUCGAUUACGCAGCGUGCUGGAUCAUUGAGGUUGCCCUGAAGAAGCUCUUCUCGGACUACAGGCCGCGUGACAUUGCUCUCCGGAGACCAGACCAGCUAGAGCGGGAGCGUGUGCGCCAGGAAGAGCAGCAGAAGCGCAAGGAGGCUGAGGAAGAGAGAAAGAGGCUUGAGAAGGUGGCUGAGUUUGAGCGAAAGGUCGAGGCGCAGAGGCAGAGGCUAGAGGCCUGGAGAGAUGGCCGUCAGCAGGCCUAG